ACAAAACCACUCAGCGUUGCCAUACCGAAAGUCGGCGAAAUCCAGGGGCCGUACUGUCCGCGGAGACCAGCGUUACGCGAGAUCCUGGCAAACACAUCCCCCGCGCCAUGGACGCUUGCAGCAUUCAUGGCAUACUUAUCCAACAACCAUUGCUUAGAAACGCUAGAGUUCACCAUGGACGCUGGACGUUAUCGGAAACAUUACGCCAAGAUGAUGUCAAGAGCGUCCGGCGGUGUGCCACCAGCGAAGGAUGCUGAGUAUGUGCAAGCAUUGUGGCACCGGCUGGUGGACGCAUACAUCCGUCCAAAUGGUUCGCGAGAAGUCAAUCUGCCCUCUGACGUACGGGACGCGAUACUUGAGCUUGAGUCAGGCUCUCUGCCUCCGACGCCGGAUGCUCUGGACGCCGCUGUCGCCAAGACCUACGAGCUUAUGGAGGAGUCGGUGUUGGUACCGUUUCUGAACGCUUACUACCCUCAGACCGCGCAUCCCACAGUGGCGUCAUGCCCUUAUGACACUUUUGCAGAGGGCAUACCGCUCACCGCCUCAAGAACCACGGACGCAGUUACCCACAGGAUCUGCCGAGCGCGCAAUUCGCCGCCACCACAGUCCGCGGUCGAGCCGCAUUCGUAUUCUUACGGCCCCCCGUCAGCGCUUAAUCGCAACGGCUCGGAGCUGCAUUCGUUGUCUGAAGGCAUCGCCUUUGGAUCAGGCUCAGGGAGUGCACCAGGCAUGACCGACGACAGUGCCAGCAAUGACAGCCUGUAUGGCGAAUCCCCAAUGACGCCACCG